AUGGCGUCUCGUCAAUCCCUGCGCGCCUUCCAAGUCAUUCGGCCCUCAGUGCCCACAGCCUCCUACCGACCUCGAACAUGGCAAGCAGUACGAUUCUACUCCGAGGCCGCUGCCAAUGAGACCCCGGCGAGCGCGCCAUAUCUCCAACAUCUCAAGACCGAUCUCAAGACUGCCAUGCGAGCCAAAGACGCCCCUCGUCUUGCCGUUCUGCGCGCCAUCCUCUCCGCGAACCUCAAUGCUUCCAAGACAAAGACUCCCAUUAGGACAGACCCCCAGCUCGUGAUUCAGAUUAUGAAGAUGAAGCGUUCCAUCGAGGAGACCGCUGCAGAAGCCAAGAAGGUCGGUCGGGAAGAUUUAGCCGAGAAGGAGCUCGAGCAGGCCAAGCUCAUGGAGGAGUACAUCGUCAAGAGCAAGCUUGAGGUCCUGGGAGAGGAGCAGCUCCGUCCAAUGAUCAAGGAGCAAAUCGAAUUGUCCAUCGCGGAGGGCGCUCAGACCAAGACCCUCAUGCCAGAUGUGAUCAAGCGGAUCAAGGGUGCGACCGAAGACAAGGUUGUGGAGAGCAAAAUCCUCGCCCCCUUGGUCAAAGAACUCAUCAAUGAGAGGAACAAAUCAACUACGUUUAUCAUGUCGCGAAUUAAUAUCAGCUCAGGCUCUGCCUUUGAAGCCGAGAUUGGCUAUUCCCGCGCCGUUGUCGUCGAUGGCUGGGUGAUGGUCUCUGGCACAACCGGGUACGACUACCAGUCCGGAAAGAUAUCAGCCAAUGUUGAGGAGCAGGCAGAGCAAACUCUCGUCAAUAUAGCCAGGGCCCUUGAGGAGGCCGGGUCGUCCAUGUCUGAGGUUGUGCGUGUGCAAUACGUUCUUCCAGAUCGCGAGGAUUUCCCCAAGACAUGGCCAGUAUUGAAGAAGUGGUUUGGGGACGUCCGUCCGGCGGCGAUGAUGAUUGAAUCAAAGCUGAUGAAGGAGGAAAUGAAGAUUGAGAUCGAAGUGACAGCCAAAAAGGGGUGUGCAAAACAGUAG